GCUGCCACUUUCUCCCCCCCCUCCUCCUCCUCCCUCCCCCUUUCGCCGCCUGAUUCACUCCUCGCCGGUCGGUGAUCUGCCCCCCCCCUCCCCCUCGACCCCACCUCCAAGAUGGCGAUGCGUAUCCCCAAGUCCGGCCUGUCCGAGCUCCUCAAGGAUGGCUACAAGCACCACCAGGGCCUUGAGGAGGCCGUCCUGCGCAACAUCCGCGCUUGCCGUGAGCUUUCUGCCGUUACCCGCACCUCUCUCGGUCCCAACGGCAAGAACAAGCUGAUUGUCAACAACCUCGAGAAGCUGUUCAUCACCAACGACGCCGCCACCAUCAUUCAGGAGAUGGACGUCAUCCACCCGGCUGCCAAGCUGAUCGUCAUGGCCACCGAGCAGCAGCGCAAGGAGGUUGGCGAUGGCUCCAACCUGGUGUGCGUCCUGGCCGGCGAGUUCCUCAACCAGGCCGACGAGCUCCUCCGCAUGGGCCUCCAUGCCACCGACAUCACCGAGGCCUACAGCCGUGCCUCCAAGAAGGCGCUCGAGCUGCUGGAGACCCUCGUUGUCAAGAAGGACAUCGAUGUCACCGAUCGCGAUGGCCUGAUCGCCGCCGUUAAGUCCUCCAUCAGCAGCAAGCAGUAUGGCAACGAGGACUUCCUCAGCGCCCUUGUUGUGGACGCCUGCAUGGCGGUCCUCCCCAAGGUCCCGGCCAACUUCAACGUGGACAAUGUCCGCACCAUCAAGAUCAUGGGCAGCUCGCUGAACAACAGCACCUUCGUUCGCGGCAUGGUCAUCGACCGCCAGCCGGAUAGCACCAUCAAGAAGGCCACCAAUGCCAAGGUUGCCGUGUUCACCUGCCCGCUGGACAUCUCCCGCACCGAGACCAAGGGCACCGUGCUGAUCCACAACUCGGAGGAUCUGAUGAAGUUCUCCCGCGACGAGGAGGCCCAGCUGGAGGGCGCCAUCAAGGAGAUCGCCGACGCCGGCAUCAAGGUCCUGGUCACCGGGUCCAGCAUCGGCGAGCUCGCCCUGCACUACAUCAACCGGUACAACCUGAUCGCCGUCAAGGUUCUGUCCAAGUUCGACCUGCGCCGCCUGUGCCGCUCCGUCGGCGCGGUGGCCCUGUCCCGCCUGGGUGCCCCCACUGUCGAUGAGGCUGGCCACUGCGAUGUCGUCGAGACCAUCGAGAUCGGCUCCGACCGCGUGACUGUCUUCCGCCAGAACGACUCGGGCUCCGCCCUGUCCACCAUCGUCAUUCGUGGCUCCACCCGCAACUACAUGGACGAUGUCGAGCGCUCCCUCAACGACGCCAUCAACACCUUCCGGACCAUCGUUCGCGACCCGCGCCUCCUCCCUGGUGCCGGUGCCACCGAGAUGGAGCUGUCCCGCCUGCUGGGCGAGCUGGGCGACACCAUCCCCGGUGUCGAGCAGUACGGUGUCAAGCAGUUCGCCGAGGCCUUCGAGGUCAUCCCCCGCACCCUGGCCGACAAUGCCGGUCUGGAUGCCACCGUCAUCCUGGCCAAGCUCGGCGCCGCCCACCGCAAGGGCGAGUCCUCCGCCGGUGUGGACAUCGAGACCGAGGAUGCCUCCCUCCUGGAUGCCACCGCUGCCAACAUCUUCGACACCUUCUCCAGCAAGUACUGGGCCAUCAAGUAUGCCGCCGAUGUGGCCAUGACCGUGCUCAAGGUUGACCAGAUCAUCAUGAGCAAGCCGGCCGGCGGUCCCAAGCCCCGCGAGAACGGCAACUGGGACGAGGACUAAUCCGCAUGUGCCUGAGUGCGCAUGCGCUCACGUCUCCUCUUCCUCCCCCCCCCCUGCCUGCAGCGCCUGUCCCCUCGCCCUCCUCCCUGCUCCUCCCCUUCCCCCUUGGGCGCAAGUUCAUGCGCGCGCAUGCCUCUCUCCGGGGCUUGCGCGCCUGAAAUGUGCACUCCCUUGUUGGCGUGUGACUCCCCUCCUCCUGGGCCGGAACGCGGGGGGGAAUGGGGAGGCAGGCGUCAUGGGCAGGGCCCGCAGGCGUGUCCAGUGUUUCCACCCUGCGUGCCCACGCCUUCCCCCUUUUCCCCUCUCUGUUCCUUGUGCACUAUCCCCCUCCCAAAUAGACCUGAUCUCUUGUC